AUGUCCGAGGUCCAAGUAUUCGAUAGCAUUUUGAAGGAGUUGCCCACCUUGAGGGCGCCCGGGGUGUCUGGCACCCGCAUCAAGAAAUUGACCGACAUGGCAGUGAAGAACGUGGCCGACGAGUCCCAGCUCAUCACUGUAUUGUACUCCAGCUGUAAAGCCAUUCCUUCCUCGCACAAGUUGGGCGCGUUAUACGUGGUGGACUCCAUCGUAAGAGUUUAUAUGGACGAGGCCAAGAAGAGAGGCGAGGAGGUCAACGCCGACGCCCCCGAGGGCUCCUAUGCCGCCGGCGUCUACAGGAUCGGCCAGUUGGUCGAGCCCCUUAUCGACGACACCAUGAGCUUGGUCAUUGUGUCCGCCACCGUGUCCAAGAUCAGCAAGCUCGUGGAUAUCUGGGAGCGGGCGCUGACCUUCAGCCCCGACACGAUUGCCUCCAUCAGAAGAAAGCACUUUGAUUCGCUCACGCCCCAGGGCUCGCCCCCGGGAAAGAAAUCUCAGCUCCACGCGCCAUCCACAUCGGGGCCCUCGGCCCCCAGCGGCCUUCCAAGCACGCUUCCCGCCCCUCCCACCAACGUGGGUGCGGCUCAGGAUUCAGGAAGCAUAUUGCUGGCGCUCGCGUCUUUGGCCAAGAAGGCCGAGACCCCCACCCCGCCCCAAAGCGGCACGCCGGUGAUGCAAAACUCGGCCGCCGCGCCGGCCAACAACACCACCAACAUCCUCUCCCAGUUGUCGGCUUUGGCAGGAAACGGCACUCCUCCCGUGGCCCACCCGCAGGUGCAGUCUCCGCCCAUCUCGCAGACCCAGCCGCAGCAAGGAAACAAGGAGUUUAUUUUCAACAUGUUGCAGCAGAUGCAGGGCAACGGCGGGCAGGCGCCUGGCCAGGGCCCUGCCCAGAUGCCCCCCGUUCCCCCAACCCAGGGAAUGCCGCCCGUGGGCCAGAUGCUGCAGCAGCAGGGCCCUCCGAACGGAUACCAGAACUACCAGAAUGACCGGCGCGGCCGCGACGAUCUCGGUGGGUACUCGAGAAGAAACAGGUCCAGAUCGCCCCAAGGCCGCUUGAACAGAUACGAUAGCAACAACAAUAACAACGGCCACGAGAACAACGGCAGCGGAUAUGAAAACCAGCAAAGAUCCCAGCAACGCAACUCUGGACCCCAGAACAUGGGGCCCGAGGGUGAGAUGAACGUGCCAGGAAACCCAAACUUCCGUCCACGCAACAUGGGCUUCGACAACUCGUUGCCCCAGGGCUCGUUCAAGGUGUUGUCCAGAACAUUGUUUGUGGGCGGUGUGCCACGCGGCAUGGACGAGCGCGAACUUGCCUCGCACUUGAGGCCCCAUGCGGUGGUCCAAUCGAUCAUCUUGAACAGCGAGCGCAAACACGCGUUUGUGAAGGUGUACUCCAGGAAGGAGGCCGAGCAGGUCAUCCAGUCCUUCAACAAGGACGGCUCCUUGCCCUUGAGAACCCGUUGGGGUGUAGGCUUCGGGCCAAGAGACUGUUGCAACUACCAGCACGGCAUCUCCAUCAUCCCUAUUCAACGGUUGACUGAUGCCGACAGACAAUGGGUUGUCUCUGCACAAUGGGGCGGUACCGGCGGCGCCCCUCUUGAAAGUGGCAUAGUGAUCGACGAGCCCGACAUUGAGAUUGGCACGGGCAUUUCGUCCAAGGCCAUGUCCAAGAAGAUGCCCACCAACUCCACCAGAAACGGGCCAAAGUCCAACAGACCAGGUGAGUCUGAUGACCAGUAUGCCAAGGCCCAUAUUAGUGGCGGCCCACAAGACUUCAAGGGUUAUGCGCAAGGUGCAAACCCAUUGAGCGGGUUGUUCAAUAACCAGGGAGGCCAAGGCGGCUACCCCCCACAGAUGCCUCCGCAAAUGCUGCAGAUGCCCCAGAUGCCACACAUGCCACACAUGCCU